UAAACUGAAGGGUCGCAGACUGCGAACCUGCGGCUUCAAGCUUGGAGCAAUCGCAGGCGACCACACUGAAAGACAUUAUAAUUGAAGAUCCUUUACCGAGAAAUCCAUUGGGAUAACCCGAACGAGCCUAACCCUGACCUAGUUCGUGCUCCGUCAAAGGGAGCUGAACAAGUUCAGCAGUUGGAGCCGCUGCUUCUCACACAGCCCUCACCUCCCUCUCUCCCUCGCUGUGUGCAAGGCUCUGGUCAUGUCCCCGAGCAGCUUACUCGUUCUCUGGACCGCGCUCCUCAUCCUGGGCAUUCAAAGGAUAGACAGCGGCAGACCCAAGGUCAACUCCAUCAAGUCUCCGGGUGGAGGGCAGUCUCCGGAUCAACUGCCCACAAACAGAUCCACUGGCGUCCAACAGGCGAAGGUCAACAAGAAGAACCCGUCCGGGACCCAGAAGCAAGCGUGCAGCAGCGAUAAGGAGUGUGCACCAACUGGCUACUGUCACCAUUCGCAACAUCAAGGCUAUCUCACUUGCCUCUCCUGUAGACGGAGGAAGAAGCGAUGCCACAGGGACUCCAUGUGCUGCCCUGGGAAUGAAUGCAGUAAUGGAAUCUGUGUAGCGUUUCUUGAAGGCGCUGCCCGCAGAGCCGCCACUGGGGAUAUCCAAGAGCACUCGAAGAAGCCCACUCACCGUGGAUCCAAGGGCACGUACUGGCACAUUGUGGGCAACACCCAGGCUAAACCAUCACGCGAGAAAGGUCAUGAAGGGGACUCCUGCCUCCGCUCAUCUGAUUGUGCCGAAGGUUUCUGCUGUGCCCGUCAUUUUUGGACCAAGAUCUGCAAGCCUGUUCUUCGUCAAGGAGAAGUAUGUACGAAGCAGAAGAGGAAAGGUUCGCACGGCUUAGAGCUUUUCCAGCGCUGUGACUGUGCUAAAGGACUUGCCUGCAAAAUCUGGAAAGAGGCCAAAUCACGGCUCCACAUCUGCCAGAAAAUCUGAGAGCAUCGGUAUUCUGCUGCAGCCCUGAGACUGUGCGAAACUAAGGUGCUUUGUACAACCAUAUCGUGUAAAUAAUGCAGGAUUUGUUAAAGUUGCUUUUCUUUAACAAGAAUCCUUUCUCGCUUAAUGCAAAAGUAUACGGAGGCCCAAGGAUCACGGCAUGUUCAUAUUUGGGCCAGUCCAUGACCGGAUUCUAUUUUCAAAUUAAUUAAAGCGGGCAGCAUUGCAGUGGGCAGCGUUGAGCUGCAGUCUCAAUUUUCCAUCACAGUUUGUAAUUCUCACGGUGUGGGUAUCGCUGACGAGUCUGGCAUUUAUUUCUCAUCCCAAUGUCCCUCGACAAAAAUUGACGACAGCUCUUCACUUUGUACUCCUCCUGUUGGAAAAGCACUCACAAUGCUCUGGGUGGGUUUUGACCAGCAUUAUGUGAAUUAUAGGUCAACGCGUAGAAUCUUACAGCGCAAGUGGAUGCCAUUAGGCCCAUCGGGCCUGUAACAGCACUUUACGACACAUGGGGAUGCAUGCAAGCAUGUAUUUAUUGACCUUUAAUGUUGCCCCUGGGAAGGCAUGAGCAGUUGACCUUUUCCUCGAAUAUCAGCAACUUUCCAAAUCCAUCCCCCUUUGCAGACCUGAAGGAUAAUUGCUAAUCAGUUCUCUUCCCCUCCAAAACCCAUUGUGUUUAUCUGCAUAGAAGUCCAUUUACCAUAGGCACACAAUGUUUCACACUCAGAACAUCUUACUUACAAUGUAUGGUUACACAUCAAGAAAUGUCAGUGCAGAUAAACUUAAUAAUUGGAAACAUGCCAUUCAGCCCCUCAAAUCAUAAUACUAUCCCACCCCCCUUAGUUUAUUUACCCGCCAUUUCCAUGCUGUGGCUUGAAAUCCCGUUUUGAUACCUCAUGACAUGAGUGGCAUAGCAACUAAUCAAAUUCCUUUUGCAAAGAUCACAUUUACAAUUGAGGAAAUUAAGACACAACAUUCUUCGCUCAUAGAAAGGUGAAAAAUCAAAAGGUUAUUUUCAAUUAAUCAUUAUAUGUUUCAAGAAACUUGCUGGAUGGUUUAUCUUAAAUAAUCUAAAUCUGUGAAUCAGGUUUUUUUCUUCAGCCUGUAUGUAUGUAGUUUAAAAUAUUUAAUGAAUGAACGUAUUCAAAAUACAGAAAAAAUAAUUGAAAGGUCUGAUGUCAAAGUGGGGACGUAUAGUAAAUGUGUCCAGUCAACCUGUUGUCAAUUUGUCUAUUUAGAUAAAUAGGUGAGAAAAAAUAACAAUAGAAGAAUAUAGGAAGAAGUCAGAACAACUGGGAAAAUAAUUAGAAGAAGAAAAAAUUAUAUUCAAUGUCUGAAGUAACACAGUGAUGAAUUUUGUAAAGAAAGAAAGGAAAUAAACUCUAACCACCUUGUCUUUGGCCUUGUGCACCGCUGCCGUGUGACACAACAUUGGUCUGAGGGUCAAUAUCUUAUCUUGAAGACUCACAUCAAAUGUUCAAUAAUUUCAUAUAAUCAUCUUUAGGCAUUUGACAUUGCCAGAGUUAGAUGUAUUUUUAUGCCAACGCUUAGUCAAUCACCAAUCCCAUUAUCACACCCUUUCACCUUGCACAAUCACCCCAUUUAUCAUUUAUCUUCAUUCUUUCACUCACCUUCCCUUGCGUUUCUUCUUUCACAUCAAAGCUGUUUCUGUUGAAAGGUCAUCCAGUGUUGAAAUGUUAACUCAGUUUCUAUCUUUAUAGACAUUGCCUUAUCGACUGAGUAUUUUUCUGACUUAAUUUCAGAUUUCAAGCAUCUGCAGCAUUUAGCUUUUGUACAAGAAAGUAGUAUAUUUUGAAGGAGAUUCAACAAACUGCAGAAAUACAAAGUAUGGGAUCUUUUCUGAGAAGACUGAAAGCAAAAUAUAUAGAAUCCUUAAUUUUGCAAAAGUUAAGGAAUUUUUGCUAUAUCUUUAUUAAUCUUGGUAUGGUCUCAACUGGAUUAUCAUAUCCAAUUCUGGGCACCAGCAAGAUGCCAAAGGCUCUACGUGAUUUAAUACAUGUUUAACAAGGUUAUGUGAUGAGAGAAGAGAAACAGAGGUUAAUCUUUCUGAAGAAAGAGAAGGUUACGGUAGGAUUGAAUGGAAGUGUUCAAAAUUGUGAAAGUUUUAAGAGGAAUUAGAUAAAUUAUUUCCACUGAGAGGAGAGUUUAUAACCAUAGUUAUUGAUAAAAGAAAAAGACUGAUGAAGAGACUGCAUGUUGUGAUAUGGAAUGCACUGACAGAUGGGGCGGUGAAGCAGAUAAAGGGGAUUUUUAGCACGGAAUCAGUUAUACAUGUGGGAAAAGAACUAUGGUGAAGUGUAGGAUAAUUGCUGAUAUUUGUAAACUCCAGCACUGAAGGCAGGGUUGGCCAUUUUCUUCGAUUUUCCCCAAAGACAUCACAACUAGUCCACCGAUCAAUCAUCCAGUUGAUUAUUGAGUUGAGUCCAACCAGUACUGGCGCUGGUUAAACAACUGAAGAUUCAGUACUUCAAUAACAUAGGUUGAAUCAUAGUUCAUGUAUUGGUGGUAGACUUGUGGAGAUGUGAUGUGUGGGUUGCUGGGUUAAUUGGCUGUUGUAAAUUUCCUCUAAUCCACAAAUAAUUGGUAAUAUUGCGGGGAGAGGUGGGAGUUGAUGGGAAAGGGUGAGCAAAAUAAAAUGGGUUAGGGUUGGAUUAGUGUAUGAAUGAGCAUUUGAUGGUCAGCAUAGACUCACUUGGCCAAAGGGCCUCUUCCAGUGCUGUAUCUCUCUGUGACGUUAAAACAAGUUACCAGCAGAAGUCCCUUAAACCCGCAUUGGAGAGAGAAAGGAUGGAAGGAGAUUUUUAAGAUGCAGAUUGACAUAUUCUUAAUUAGGAAAAGUGUCAGGAGUAUUGGGGAGUAUUGGGAAUGGUGUUGAGAGGGAAAGAUAGAUCAGCCAUGAUUGAAUGGUGUAGACUUGAUGGGCCAAAUGGCCUAAUUCUGCUCAAAUAACUUAUGAAUUUACAAUAAGGGAAGCAAAUUAAGUUGAUACCCAAUGUCUUUCAUCACCAUCAGCUCUUAAUCGAUAGAACUGAACUGCAGUUGCAGUGUUGCCAGUUCCUGACUGCUCUGAAUGCUGAGUCCAGUUUUCAUGUUGUACUAAUUAAUAUAACGUUUAUUUUUCUUGUCAGAGCUCUCUACAAAUAUCAAUAUAUAUUUUUAAUAUACAGACACCUUGAGGGUUUAAAGCCCAUCUGAAGCAUAAUGCAAUAUAUAUUAGUUUAGUUUAUUGUCACAUGCACCAAGAUACAGUUAAUACAGUCUGCUAAAUUGAACCGCAUAAGUUAGGUCAGGCCAGUAAAAAUAAUUUAAAGAAUAAUCAAUGAAAGGGAGAAGAUUGCCUUUUUUCAAUUACAUGAAAUGGGUUGCUAGUGAAUUAGAAGAUGAUAAUAUAUCAAAUUUUCUUGUCUAUUAUUAUGUGGAGUGUGAAAACAGGCAGCCAAUUUUCUGGAAGCCCACACAGCCAAAGGUCAAGUCAAAGUUUCCAUUUAAGUACUCUGAGGACUUUGAAAGUAUGUGAGUAUAUUUCAGAAAUGUGGGCAUCACUGACUUUUACCCAGUGAACAGAAAACCACAGGAUCAAAGUGCAGAUUGUCAAAGUCCGCGGGGAACAGGUUAACCCAGUUGGCAGUAAAGUGUGAUCAAAUAAUUGAAUCAGAUUUCACUGGCAGCACAUGUUUGCACAUGUUAACACUUAGCUCAGUGUCACCCCUGCUGAGCAAAGCCCAGUGGAUGGAAAACUUUCUCAAGAUGGUGCAUUGAAUUGUCACUACAGUCACUGACAUCUGGUGAAAGAAAAGAGGGAUUGUGGUGUGUAGACCAUGACAUGCCAUUAUCGGAACCUAUAUUGUCAUCCUUUUAUAAUUUACCUUCCACGGCUAGUGAAUAUAGGAUAUGCUAUCAUUAUUGAGUAAUACCAGAAAACAUAUUGGUGACGGCUAAAUCUUUUAACUGUAAAUUUGUGUAGGAUUUUAUGUACAGUACUGUAAUCCAAAACCUGAAAUUUCUUUAGAAGAGAAAAUUUAAACCAGUUCUUGUCUCUGCUCUGAACACUGAGUCUAGUUUUCUGGUUGUGUUCAUGCAUAUAACAUUUUUUUUCUUUUACGGGCUCUCUACAAAUAUCAAGAUCUUUUUUUAAUAUACAGACGCCUUGAGGGUUUUAAGCCCAUAUGAAGCAAGUGAAGUAUGUAUUAGUUUAGUUUAUUGUCACGUGUACGGAGGGUACAGUGCUUGAAGCAACUGAUGUAACAUAGAUAAGGUUAUGUUACUCUCCCCUUCUUAAUCCACACAUUAUGGCAAACAGUGAAAGAGUAAAUAAUGAAGAAGUUUAGGAGAGAACUUUAUAUGGAACCAUGGGUAGCAGUGAGUGUAUGCCAAAUAAUAAUCUUUUAAAGUAGUCCAGAUGAUGGAUUGUCUGAAAUUUGCUGUUGAAGUAUAUUUUGCUCUGUAUCCAGUGGAAUACAGGAGAUUAUUUUCAUCCAAUUUAAGGGCCUGUCCCACUUCCACGACCUAAUUCACUACCUUUUUUUACUCGUGGACAUUUUUCAUCAGGCUAGAAAAACGCCUAGACCUACUUGAUGCCACGAGUACCUACGACUAGCAUCACGACCUCCUACGACCUACCUACGGCCUCCUUCGACCUCCUACGACCUUGUGGCGACCAUACUGCAAGUAUAAGUCAAGGGCAAACUUGGCAGAGGUCGUGAAUUAUGUCAUGAAAGUGGGACAGGCCCUAUAUUCUGCUAGCUAUUUCUUACACCAUUGAUGAUGCAAUGUGUAAACUUAAGGCCCUGUCCCACUUUCACGACCUAAAUCGUGACCUCUGACGACCUUAAACGAGCUAAAAAAAAAAUCAAGGUCGUGGUAACCUACGACCUCCUACGACCUUUCACGACUAUGUGUACGACCUUAUACGACUAUGUUGAAGAUCUCCCACGAUUAUGAAGAAGACCUCCGACAUCCUUUGACUAUGUUGAAGGCUGGCUUCGACCAUGUACGUUUUACUGCUGUUUGCAGUAGCCCUUUUGCUUCUGCAGCCUUUUAACAAAGGCAGAAGGGGAAGAGCAAGGGUGAAGGGGAAGCACAAGAAGAGGUCUCAAUGGGUGAAUGGAGAUGAUGUGAUGGACUGUCCCAGUACACCAGAUGACUGGAAGAGAGUGGCGCUGAGCUUUGACAAAAGAUGGAACUUUAAGCACACAUAUGGGGCAGUGGAUGGCAAACAUGCCAUUCUUGUCCCUGACCCUGUACCCCUCAUUUUCCUUUUCGUACAGGAUGGCAUUCUGCUGGAACCGUUCCUCAAGGUCCCCCUCCUGCUGCCUGGUGAAGGUGUAGGGCAUAACCUUCCUCCAGCCCUCCCUCACCACCAAUGGGGCAUCUGCCUCUGAUGCUGUGUCAGACACAGGAGAAAGGGCUGCUUUGCUGCCUUCAAAUGAGGCAGUGAAGGAUGGGGUGGUGGUGGGGACAUAUACUACCACCCUGGUCUCCUCCUCCAGGGGUCUCUCAUGCAGGGCCACCUCCUCCUGCACUAUCACCUCCUGUGGCAUCACCUCCUGCCACUCCUCCUCCUGGGUGGGCAACACCUGCAUGGCAGGUGUUUUUGAGGGUUGUGACCUCCCCCUGCGCUGCUGCCUUUUUGUUGCCAUCUCUAAAACACAAGUCUCCUCUACAAAAAACUCUCCACCUGUGAAUGAACAUGCCUUGGAGUGACAGAGGUGACGUUCUGCUGUUUAAAUAACCUUUUUUUUCCACUGACCUUUUUUUCACCCCUGAGCUAUUACCUUCGACUGCCUCUGACGACCUAGGACUACCUACGACUAGCUUCACGACUUACUACGACCUACCCACGACCUACCUACGAGUAGAAAGUAUCGAUUUUUUCCAUGACGACUUUUUUUAAACUUGUGGACAUUUUUUAUCAGGCUAGAAAAAAACGCAGCGUCCUACAUGAUGCCACGAGUACCUGCGACUAGCACCACAACCUACCUACGACCUCCUACGACCUCGUGGCGACCAUGCUGCGAGUAUGAGUCAAGGGUAAACUCGGCAGAGGUCGUGAAUUAGGUCGUGAAAGUGGGACAGGGGCUUAACAAUGAUAAGAAACAAGACUACAAGAUGGAUAUUAAUGGGAGAUUGUACUCAACUGAUGCUGUAUAAUGGAUAUUGGGUGUGCCAAAUUGGGCGUGCAUGCUUCUGAUCUGGCUUGGGACAUCCAUACCUGGAAGAGACACAUUGUUCAGGGCAGCACAGUGAUGCAGUGGUCAAAUUGCUGCCUUCUAAUGCCAGUGACCCGGGUUCGAUCCUGACUACGGGUGCUGUCUGUACAGAGUUUGUACCUUCUCCCUGUAACCAAGCGGGUUUUAUCUUGUUUCUUCUCACACUCCAAAGACAUACAGGUUUGUAGAUUAAUUGGCUUCUGUAAAGUGUAAAACUCUCACUAGUGUGUAGGAUAGUGCUAGUUUCUGGGG